ACGUGACCGGGACCGGCACCGCCCCUGCCCCUCGGCCCGGCCCCGCUGCCCCGGGCGGGGGCUGCAGGGGGUCCCGCCGCCGGGCCGUUUCCGCAGGGCGCCGGCCCGGAGCCGCGGGGAGGGGCAGGGCCUGCCCGCUGCCUGCCCCCGGGCGGCGCUGCGGCAUCCCCGCUCCUCACCGGCUCCCCGUUCCAGCGGCGCCCACUCGCACCUGAGCCGCGGCCUUGCUCCGGUGGCCGCCCCGUGCCCACCCCCCCCCCACUCCCGCCGGUUCCCGCGGUCCCACGAUGCCGUCCAACAAAUCCGUCUCGGAUGCGCCCAUCGUCCAGUUCACCAACUGCCGCAUCCUGCGGAGCCAUCAGCUCCAGAGGGAGGACCUGUGGGUGCGAGAGGGGAAGAUCCUCAACCCGGAGAAACUCUUCUUCGAGGAGAAGGGAUCUGCUGACAUCCAGCUGGACUGUAAGGACAGCAUCAUCGCCCCGGGCUUCAUCGAUGUCCAGAUCAAUGGAGGCUUUGGGGUGGACUUCUCCCUGGCUACAGAUGACUUCAAAUCAGGGAUUGACCUGGUCAGUCAGAAAAUCCUCUCCCAUGGCGUGACCUCCUUCUGUCCCACCCUGGUGACCUCUCCUCCAGCUGUGUACCACCAAGUUCUCCCUCAGAUCAGUAUAAGAAAUGGUGGAGCCCAUGGAGCAGGUAUCUUGGGGGCCCAUCUAGAAGGACCGUUCAUCAGCAAGGAGAAGAAGGGGGCGCACCCGGAGCACUGCCUCCGCACCUUUGAGGCGGGUGCCUUCCAGGACCUGCUGGCCACCUACGGGUCCCUGCACUGUGUCCGGAUUGUCACCCUCGCCCCAGAGAUGAAGAGGAGCAGCGAGGUGAUCCGGGAGCUCACCAAGAGGGGCAUCUGUGUCUCCCUGGGUCACUCAGUGGCUAAUCUUUCCCAGGCUGAGGAUGCUGUGCAGCACGGUGCUACCUUCAUCACUCACCUCUUCAAUGCCAUGUUGCCGUUCCACCAUCGUGACCCUGGGAUCGUGGGGCUGCUGACAAGUGACAAGAUUCCCGCUGGGCGGAGGGUCUUCUACGGCAUGAUCUCUGAUGGCAUCCACACCAACCCUGCCGCCCUGCGAAUCGCCCACCGAGCCCACCCCAAAGGCCUGGUGCUGGUGACAGAUGCAAUCGCUGGCAUGGGGCUGGCACCAGGUCGGCACACGCUGGGGCAGCAGGUGGUGGAGAUUGAUGGGCUGAACACCUACAUUGCAGGCACAAAGACCCUGAGUGGCAGUGUGGCAACCAUGGACACGUGUGUGCGACACUUUCAAGAAGCCACAGGGUGCUCAGUAGAGAUCGCGUUGGAGGCAGCGUCUCUGCAUCCCGCCCAGCUCCUGGGGAUUGAACACAAAAAGGGGACACUAAAUUACGACUCCGAUGCAGAUUUCCUGAUGCUGAAUGAUGGUCUGUAUGUGCAAGCCACGUACAUCGCAGGCGAGGAAGUCUGGAGACAGGAUGCAUUAGGCAUGUGACACUGGGCUGUCCCAGUGCCCUCCAGGCUCCAGGCCACCCUCGAAGCUGUGGUAGCAGCUUCACCCCACUUCUCUCUUUUCUUCUUUUGUUUUUUUAAUUCCUUCCUGCAACUCCCUUAAAGGAGCCUCAUACCAAAGAGCUGCGUUUUCCAGCGCAAUCGCUGCUUCCAGUUACUGCCAUGCCUGCGCCAGAUGUGUUGGUGCUCGGUUGGUGGUGUGGGGAGAGCAGGCAGAUCUGUGCUGGGGGGGACUGCCAGGCCCUGGAGUGACCUGAAGGCCUGCACAGCUGUCCUGCAUGGAGUCCCCAGAAAGAGGUGCUCCUGACACCAUCUCACAGCAGUGUGAAGCUGUCCCAGCCUCUGCACUGUUUUAUAGAGCACUCGCUAACCUGCCCUGUGCCUGAGGCAGGCUCAAGCCAUUUCCAUUCCCCUGUCUGCUCUUUGCCUCGCUCCCGGGAAGCCAUGGCUGGUUACACAUCAGCUUCCACCAGCUCAGCUCGCAGCUCUUCACGUUAAAAGGUUGCUGUUGUGUCAGCAGAAGUCGAGGAUCACAUUCUGAUCCCCCGGCAGUCCCUCUGCCGUGUGUCCUUGGAGCAAGGCUGUCGCAGCUUGCCGACUUGGUGCCGUUGUGGGGCUCUGAAUCCAUGUGGGCUGAAUCCUCAGGGCAGAGAUCAAACCCAGGAAAAACGAAUCAUUGCUGGUCCUUUGUGCCUUUCCCCUGCAUGGGCAUUGAGUUCACAGCACGUGGUUUCAGCUGGAGACAUGGACAGCAUCCUACCACAGAAAGCAAUGUUCCUCUUAACCCCUUGUUCUGGAUAGAUGGGUUCUGCAGGCUCUGCGCUCAGCCUCUGGAUUAUCUGAUGGGGUUGUGCAUUCCUCAGGUCACAGACAGGAAGUUUUGCUUUAGAGGAUGCAUCCAGAUUGAUGCUGACAGGCAAACAAGCUCUUGGUCCAGCUCAGGGACUGAGGGAAGGAGAACUGCACUGGGAGUCUGGUCUUUCAAGGCAGCUUGUGAUAGCUCAGUAUUCCCGUGCUCAUUAUUAUCUUCUCCAAUAUUUGGCUGUCAGCUCUUUUCCUGUCACUUGGACACUUCUGUGUGAAGACUGUUGCUGAUUUCAAACCUACCACACUCACUCAGAACAGCUUUGUUGAUUCUUGCACAAUCUCUGGACAAGCCUCAGACCAGUUAGAUGGGUUUUGUAUGAGGGGAGGGCUUAGGCAAGGGCUAAGCCUUAGCAAGGGUGGAGGCUGUAAGGCAAGGCAAGAGUCCAGCCAGGAUGGGCAGAAGUGUGCUGAUUUUUCCAGUACCUUUUUAUAACCUGUAACAGCAACAUUUGGAAGUGCUUUCCUACCGCUUCAGAGCCCUGCUGGAAUAACUGGCAGCCUUGGAGAAUUUCUAACAUCAACUCCCAACAUCAGCAGAAAUUGUAACCUCCACAAUGUGAAGCAUUUGAAAGAGACAUCAAAUACUGUGCUAGGAAACGUGACCUGCUGCAGCGUUACAGAUCCCAGCGAGGGCACUUUGGGCUGCUGUUGGAAAAAAAUCCAAGGGAAAAAAAUGCAUAUGAAACAAGGUUUCUAAUUUUUUUUUAUUAUUAUUAUUAUUUACAAAAUUAAGCAAUCGAAAGGAAAUCUAAAAUAGAAAUGGAAUUAGACAACA